AUGCCCGCUGCACCGAAGUCCCCUAGGUCCAACAAGAAAGUUACCGGCAUCACCAAACCCAAGGGCGCCGUCCGCGCAAAGUCAGGCUGUUACACCUGUCGGAUCCGCCGUAAGAAGUGCGACGAAAAGAGAGUCGGCGCCGCUGGCGAUCGCUGCGAGACAUGCAUCCGACUCAAGCUCGAGUGUCUGGGCUUCGGAGCCAAGCGCCCGGACUGGUUGAGGGAGAGCCACCGUGUAUCGCAAAUCCGCGACAGGAUCAAGGCCCACCUCGCUGCGCAGGGGAUGAUCAAGGGCCACGCUGGCUCGGGCUCUCGCAACCCCGUCCAAGACGAGAUCCUGAUGCUCAGCGAGUACCGCGAGGGCGAUGCUGGCAACUACAAUCGCAGCGGGACUUCCUCGACCAACAGCAGCCCGUCGCCCCGAGAUGCUUCGGUUGAAUCGGACCGCCCAUUCAGCGGGCGCUUGACUCUCCAACAGAUGACAUCUUCGGUUCGCGGCUACUACGACUAUCACCCCCCUGUACGCGAUGAUACUUACUUUGUCCCCCACCAUGAUUUCCAAUCGUCUCGCUGUGACUCGCCGAGCGACUCCAUGAUGUAUCACGACAACGACAACGAUAACUACUACCAGCCGAUUGAAGAACUGUACGCCUUAACCCCAGAAACUCCUGCAACGAGAUCGUCGUUCUCCAAAUUCUACCACCUCGAACUGCCAGUGGACGACUUCCAAUCCGCAAUGCCCUACGAUCCUCUGAAUCCCAAUCUCAACUUCAUCGUCCCAUCACUGCUCGUUCCACUGGAACUCAUCGACAAGUCCAUGCAUGAGUAUGUGACCAACAUCGUCAAAAUCCAGUACCUGCUGGGCGACAGCGACAAACUGCCAGCUAUGGUAUGGGAGGCCGUUAGCACACACCCAGCAUCGCAAGAGGCCGUGAGGCUACUAUCGACAUUGUAUACUGCAAGACAAGACAACCAACGACUUCGCCUGACGCUCGAUCAAAGGGUCAAAAACCGUAUCACAUCCCUGCAACAGGUUCUCAACGACGCAAAGCCAGCCUUCAGUGCAGACGAUGCGAUGGCUGCCCUCCAUGUCGUUUCGCUAUAUCUCUUCGACGGAGGUAUGGGCAGAUGGAACGAGUUCCUCUCCUUCGCAUGCACCUACACCGAGAGGGUCCUCAGCGACCCCAGAUAUUACAACAACCCCUCAGCAGCUCUCGAAGCCGCCAACCCCAAAGACGAGUUCGUGGUCAAGACCACGAUCUGGUUCGACGUCCUCGCAUCCAUCACAACACAACGACCCCCUCUCCUUCUCAGCUAUGUUCGCGAGCUGUUCAGCCCGCAGAAGAGCUGGGUGGGCACACCGCCGACGUAUUCGAUGCUCUCGCCAAUGGGCUGCGAGAACACCAUCGUGUGGGCGCUCGCGGAGACGUCGUACCUGUCGUACUGGAAGCACCGGCACGAGCGGACAGGCGACCUCAGCGUAAGGGAGCUGGUGUCCAGGGUGCAGGAGAUCGAACCAUACCUCGCCGAGGGCCCACACCCGAAGCGUCCCCAGCACACGGCGGAGGAGUGGUCGCGCCACCUCGCGUCGGAGAUCUUCCGCACGGCGACGAAACUGUUCCUCAAGUCGGUCGAGUCGGGUGACUACCCGCACGUCGAGGACAUCAAGACGUGCGUGCGCGACACGUUCCGCGCGAUCCUCGAUUUCCCGACUGGCUUGGGCGACAUACGCCCUGCGAUUGUAAGGAGCACGGUGUUUGGGAUCUUCAUCUGCGGCAGCCUAACGGAUAGAGAAGACGACUUGAGGGUGUUGAGUCUGCAUCUGGAGCAGAACUCGGGGCACGAGAACGUGGGCAACUGUGAGGCGAUCUCGCAGCUGCUAAGACAAUUGUGGGACACGCGCAAGUCGCAGCAUCGCAGCAAGCCCGUGCAGUGGCGGAAUCUGCUGAGCAAGAUGGAGAUCCUACUCGUAUGA